AUGGUCGAUAAACGAGUUCCAACUUACAGAAGAUAUUCUCCUUACAGGAGGCAACAGUACUCGAGCGAAGAGAAAAAGGCGUUCAAAAACCUGCAAAACGCCCUGCCAAAAGAGCUCCUGUCUCCUGUCAGUCCUUACACAUGCCCUUCGCCGCCGAUUCUAGAGCCCUACCCUCUAGCCAUCACUUAUCCGAUUCUCCCGAUCGCUCCGCCUGUGCAAGACAAUAUGGACGACACCGAAGCUCUUCUUGAAACCCUCAACGCCACGAUACUGUACAUUUCCUCCCUACAGUCCCUUCUAUCGUAG